UGUGGGCUUCGGUUUUCUCGCGGUUUGUUAAAAACCCAUCUUCCCAGCCUUGAGUGCGGGAGCUUCCGAGGAGAAGCUCCCCGCGCCUGGGCCUUGAUGAAAAGGGGUGGGUUUUGGGUCCAGAUGGGAGUCCUGAAACCCGUAACCUGGAUCGGGCCGGUCCUCGUGUCUCCAGGUCAGGAGCGAUUCCGAGGAAUACAGGUCCAAAUUCGUACUUAAAAUUCUCCUUUUUUCGGGACCAAUGAAAUCGCCCAUUGAUUUGUCGUGCUCUUGCGGCUUGAAGGACAGGACUAAUUUUGACCGUGGUAAUGUUUUGGACCCCUGUUCUUACUUAAGUUUGGCUUAUGGUAGUGAGAAGGAGCAGCUGCGUCUGGACUAGUUAUAGGUUGAACACUAAUGAAAGUGACCUUCACAAGAUCUUAAAGAGCUGAAAACAGAUUUGAUCUGUGGAUAGAGCUCACCUGGAGAGACAUCCCUCUGAGUUGGAAUGAUAAUGACAGGAUCUGGGGAAGUUAUAGACUUAGACCCUCCAUCUGAGAUCUCACAAGAGCAAGAAGACCUUCUAAUAGUGAAGGUGGAAGAAGAAGACUGCACCUGGAUGCAGGAGUACAGUCCACCCAUGUUUGAGACUUUUUACCAGCGUUUCAAGCACUUCCAGUACCAUGAGGCAUCUGGCCCCCGGGAGGCACUCAGCCAGCUCCGGGUGCUCUGCUGUGAGUGGCUGAGACCCGAGUUGCACACCAAGGAGCAGAUCCUGGAGCUACUGGUCCUGGAGCAGUUCCUGACCAUCCUACCUGAAGAGUUUCAGACCUGGGUGAGAGAACAUCACCCAGAAAGUGGAGAAGAGGCCGUGGCAGUGGUAGAAAGUAUACAGAGAGAACUAGAGGAACGCAGACAACAGAUUGUGGCAUGUCCUGAAGUGCUUCCUCAGAAGAUGGUACCGCCUGGGCCUGUGCAGGAGUCCUUGGCUCAACCGCUCCUGUCCGUGGACAUCCAGCCUGAACAAGAGUCACAGAAACCUCAUCUUCUAGAGGAUAAUGUCCUUCCUGCUCUCCAAGUUUCUUCCCUUCCCCUGAAGGACAGCCAGGAGCUGACUGCCUCUCUCCUCUCAGCUGGGUCCCAGAAAUUGGUGAAAAUUGAAGAUGUGGCUGAUGUGGCUGUAUCCUUCAUCCUGGAGGAAUGGGAACAUUUGGAUCAAUCCCCGAAGUCCCUCUGUAGGGGUGACAGGAAGGAGAAUUAUGGGAGUAUUACUUCUGUGGAUUAUGAGUCCGGGAAUGACAAUGUGGAACUCAUAGUGAGGCAGAUUUCUGAUGAAGCUGAGCCACACUGGAUGACAGCGGGAAGCACUGAUGGAAAUGUUUCCCACAGUCAAGAGUUUGGAGAAGUUAGUGGCCUGCAUGGCCUAGUCGAAAGGUGGCAGGUAACCCCCACUGUGGGGAAAUCAAGGCAGAAUCCUUCCCAGAAAAGAGAUCUUGGUGCCAUCACAGACAAUGACCGUAAGCAAAACCCAAGUGGUGAGAGAGGUCACAAAUGUAAUGAUUGUGGUAAAUUUUUCCUUCAAGCCUCAAACUUCAUUCAACAUCGGCGAAUCCACACUGGAGAAAAACCAUUCAAGUGUGGUGAAUGUGGGAAGAGCUAUAAUCAGCGUGUACACCUUACCCAGCAUCAGCGAGUCCACACUGGUGAGAAGCCCUAUAAAUGUCAGGUGUGUGGAAAAGCUUUCCGCGUGAGCUCCCACCUCGUCCAGCAUCACAGUGUGCACAGUGGAGAGAGACCAUAUGGAUGCACCGAGUGUGGCAAAAACUUCGGUCGGCACUCCCAUCUGAUUGAGCACCUGAAACGCCACUUCAGAGAGAAAUCCCAAAGAUGCAGUGACAAAAGAAGUAAGAAUACAAAAUUGAAUAUGAAGAAGAAAAUUUCCGAAUUUUCAGAAACAGAUUUGGAACUAUCAGGGAGAAUCCAAAGAAAUGUUUCUCAAGAAUUUGGAGAAGGCCAUGAACACCAAGACAAGUUAGAUAGAAAACAGGGCAUUCCCAUGAAAGAGAUACUGGGACAACCAUCCAAGAGGCUAAAUUUCAAUGACGUCGCCUAUGUCCACAAAAAGUCCUCCACAGGAGAGAGGCCACAUAAGUGUAAUGAGUGUGGAAAAAGCUUUAUUCAGAGUGCACAUCUUAUUCAACAUCAGCGAAUCCACACUGGAGAAAAACCGUUUAGGUGUGAUGAAUGUGGGAAGAGCUACAACCAGCGCGUGCACCUAACUCAACAUCAGCGAGUCCACACUGGUGAGAAGCCCUAUACCUGUCAUUUAUGCGGGAAAGCGUUUAGAGUGAGGUCCCAUCUUGUUCAGCAUCAGAGUGUGCAUAGUGGGGAGAGACCCUUUAAAUGUAAUGAGUGUGGGAAAGGCUUUGGGAGGCGUUCACACCUGGCUGGGCACCUGAGACUCCACUCUAGAGAGAAAUCUCAUCAGUGUCAUGAAUGUGGAGAAAUCUUUUUCCAAUAUGUUAGCCUAAUUGAACAUCAGGUACUCCACAUGGGCCAGAAAAAUGAAAAAAAUGGCAUUUGUGAGGAAGCAUAUAGUUGGAACCUAACAGUGAUUGAAGAUAAGAAGAUAGAGUUACAAGAGCAGCCUUAUAAGUGUGAUAUAUGUGGCAAAGGCUUUAGUUACAGCUCAGACCUUAUUCAGCACUACCGGACUCAUACUGCAGAGAAAACCUGUAAAUGUGAUAUAUGUGGAGAGAAUGUUAGCCACUGUUCCCACAUAAAACAAUACCAAAAACCCUACUCCAAUGUGAAGUCACAUCAGUGUAACGAAUGUGGCAGAGGCUUUACUCUGAAGUCACAUCUUAAUCAACAUCAGAGAAUCCAUACUGGUGAGAAACCCUUUCAGUGUAAAGAGUGUGGAAUGAGUUUCAGUUGGAGUUGCAGCCUCUUUAAACAUUUACGAAGUCACGAGAGGACAGAGCCCAUGAAUACCUUAACUGUGUAGAUGUUUCUGUUGUAGAACAGCUGUUAAUUAUAGAGAAGCCUUCCUGAAGAGAAAUCCUGCUCCUGUAAUGAAUGUAGUAACAACUUCAAGCAUUUUUAUCCAGCUUACCAUCAAACUCACAGACAUGUUAAAAUCCUUCAGUUAGAAAUUAGCUUUAGGAACACUGGAGAAUCCACGACAAAUAGAUCGAGAAAUCCUUGUGUUUGUCAUCUUUGUAUGUGAGGAUCCAGACAGGAGAGAUUCUUCGGGUGGCACUCAUUCUUCAUUUGAAGCCCAGUACAUUGACCCUGGGGGAUGCCUUGUGAAUGCAGUAGAUUUAAAUAAGCUUUAUUUGUAGUUUCCACCUUGUUUGAUAGAUUAUCUAUUCAGGGACAACCACAGUGGGAGAGAGAACUCUUCAGCAUGAUGUCUGUUUUGGUACCUCAGCAAUGAACCUUUUCUAAAAAUAAUUAUCCUACUAUUAUAAUGCUCCUAUUACUGUUCCAUCUUGAGUAUUAAACUCUGUGAAAACAAAUUGACUUAAGGUAUUUAUAUAUUUUGUCAGAGUUGGGGUUCAGAGACUGAACGGUCUGUGAACCUGCUGCCUUAUUCAGUCUACAGCUUCUUGACACAAGUUCCACAUUGCUUUUGUUUCAAUUCUCUUACCAUCAGGACUAGGUGGUAGAAAGAAUGCAUUUGUAAAUGAAGGAGAAAGGGGAGUAUAGAAGGUGGGCCAAACUGUAGACUGGUUUUAAACUGUUAUCCACGAGAAUGAGGACAGUUCUGUCCAUAGUAGGAAUUGGACUGAGUUGAAUCUUGGUCCAAGCAGUUUGUGUGCCAAUUCCCAGUUGCACUGGACCUAGGUCUCUCCUAUAGAUAAUAGCAUGUAGAAUAAGUUUCAGUUGGAGUUUGCAGCUGAAUUAAAAGUGAAUGGUAAUUAGAAGCAGGAGGUCAUGGUCUGGUCAGCCCUGCCUGGUGGGAAGGAGUUGCUGAGGAAGGAUGAACUUUGUGUGCUAGAAAUAGGGAGGGUACUCUGGGUGCUGCUAAAGUCCUGCUUCUGCCAACUGCCUGUUUAUAAUAAAUGUUCAGUACAUACUCCUUGGCUGUGUGGUACGCUGGUCCCUGUCAGAUGCCCUUUGCCAAGUUGGCAUGCCCAUCCCUUAGCUGUUCUGAGUUUGGGCUAAGUGCUCACAGCAUCCCCCUUCUCCAGACACUGGAGACACCCUCAAAUGAUGCAGUCUUGCCUCACUCAGGAGUUACCUGCUUUCCCACCUGCUCUCCAGUCAUCUCAGCUGAUUAAUACAGGGGUACAAAAGGCUGAUUCACUUGUCUUAAGGGAAAACUGAUACCACGUGAGCUCCAUAACCCUCCCUCUGUAUCAGGCCACAGCUAAGCUAUCUGAGGCGACGUCCAUGCUCUGCUCUUGCCCUAUGGUGUCCUGUUUCUUUCCUGCCCAUGAAAGGCAUGCCAUCGACAAAUCACAUGGUUCUGAGUCUGGCUCAGCCUCUGCUUUAGGAAACCUGAUCUAAGACAUUGUUGCUGUGAGUGAUCCUAGAACCUGACUCUCAGAGUAGACUGUGGACUUGUGCACUCAGCAGAGUAUCCAUAGUCCCAGUGUUCAGUGGCUGUACCUUUGUGACAUUUCUCUACAGUAAACUGGUAUGGGACACAUGGAAAGGAAUGUACUGACUUGUGUAAGAUUUGUGAGGAAAUGAACAUAAGGGUUGUAUGGAAGUGGGUAGAUCCUACUGAGUUCUUAUUCCUUGAAGGGAGAAAGUGAAAAUAAUAUACAGAUAACCACCAACUUAACACUAAGUGCUUUCUUGAUACUGUUUGAAGAAAGACUUGUUUCCUGCCAAUAAUCACAUAGCUAGGGGUCAUCAGUGUUACUUAAUUGAGAAUGAUGGCUUCAGUAAGUACAACCUAAAUUCCCAGCCAAAGAAUGGUGCUCAAGCCAAAAAGAUUUCAUUCUCGGUAGAGGAAGCCAAAUAAAGCAGUCAUUGAGAAGGCGAAGAUAGAAUUGGGUUCUCCUUUCUCUGUCUUAAUUUCGAUUCUACUUCACAGGGCUCACAGCCUUUAUUGAAGUCUGACUGUUUCCCCCUUUUCAGCUGUUCUCGAUGUAGCCCACUAAAAUUUGCAUGAAUGCUUGAGAUUAUUUUGCAGUUCUCAGGUCUUUCAGAUGCUUGUUGCUUUUCUCUGCUUCCUUUUACAUAACUCAAGACCAUGCUAGUUCUGUGUCAGAGAUACCAUCACCUGCCAAUGGCUUUCAGUUUUGCUACCUUAGCUGGUCAGUGUUUUUAAGGAGGGGUUUUAAGGAGAAUUAAUUAGACCACUAUCUUCUCUCGCGUCUCUUUCUUGAGCACAAGGGAAUUACCCUCGUAGAAUUAGCCCAGUAGACCACCCUACACAUCUCUCCAGUUAGCCAAAAAUUAUGUCAUGUAUCCAUGCUUAAAUAGGAUGAUGAUAUAAAACCAUGAUCAGCAUCAAGUGUCACUUCCUGGAAUUACAACAGAAAGGGUAAAUCUCACCCACACACAGGUAGUGAAUAACAACUUGAAUGAGUUCUGCCUAAAAGGAGGAAGCAAGGCAGCAGCAGGGUCAAAGGACAGAUGUGUGUGUGAAAUUGUCAUGAGUUUUAUUUUUCUAAAUUGCCAGUAACUCACAGAAAUAUAUUUUACAUUAUUACCAUUAUAUAUACAUAUAUGUAUGGAACUGAAACAAGUUUCAUGAACCAAUACUAUAUAUGGAAACGAAACCUAGUAAACUCCAACUAUGGUUUUAUUAACAUUUAAAUACAAUAAAAAAAUCCUAAAAAGUAUAAAACCAAAAUUUUGUAAAGGUGGUAUUUAGUGUGAUGGCUGUAUCUACCUGUUCUAAGUUCCAGUCAGGAAUUCAGGAAGACAAGGCUACCGCAUUGCUUACAAAUCUCACGUAACACCCAUGUCAAUCUAAUGAUUAGGUGCAUGAUUACAAUACCCAUUUUAUAGGAGAAAAACAGCUGAGAAAGAUUAAACAACAUUUUUAAUGCUAUAAAGUCAGUGCAGCAGCACCAGUACUCAACCUGUCUGAAGUCCAGAGUCCUAACUAUGCAGCUACACUGCUAUCUGCUCACUAAAAAGUGAUCUGGUCAUUCUUAAGUGACCGACACAAUAGGGAGUAAUGGUGAUCUACUGGGGCACAGGUGUGUGUGUGUGUGUGUGU